AUGAGCAGACAUUCUUACUCAUUUCCGAUCGAAUUUGCAGGACAAUAUCCGCAUGGCCUCCGACGGGUCAUCAACAACCCCUAUCCUGAUUACAAUUCCGCGUCAUGGAACUCGACAUGGCGGGGUUCACAUCGAGCGUGCCUCGGGCCCCAUGGUCGCCUGCUGGACCGGCACGAUGCGGACACGAUGAUGAGCGGGUAUCAUUGGAAUGCGUCGGACUUCCCGGCCCCGAUCUUCGGUUCGUACGAGAGCUGGGGCCUCGAUCGCGAUCUCUGUGCGGAUUCGGUCUCGCGGUACGGCGCAUACGGAUAUAAGCACAGGACCGACAAUGGCUGGCCCGGCUCCUAUGGAACCAAUCAUGCGGCCGAGCUGGAAUGGGACGACGUGAACUGGGCCAAUCUACAACAUGACUGCCUGCUGCGCAACGGAGACCGGUUCCGAACCACCAGGCCCCGGGAGAAGCAAAUAUGGACCCUUCACAAGCGGUGGGAUACGACCGUGCAUGAUGAGCUUGAUCUCAGCGACCCCGAGCCGGGGAUUCAGCCGCGGACAGCUGUGAUCAUGCGCACUUGGCUGAGCAAGCGAUACAUGGAGGACGACCUACAUUACAUUCGGGCGAUGAUCAUGGAGCUGGCUCUCCAUUCCGGCGGGGAAUAUGACGUCGUAGUUUUGGUAGAUUGCAAAGGCGCCGAAUUGCCGAACCCCAUGGACACCGUUGCCAUGGACAAGUUCAAGGCAGAACACCUACCCAGAGAACUGCGCGAGCUCGCCCUCUUUUUCAACACGAAGAUAUUAAAGGAAUGGUAUCCCGAAAUCGAGGCUCAUGACGCGGUUCUGCAGUAUUUCCAGCCAGUCCAGCUUUUUUCGCGACUUCAUCCACAAUACGAAUACGUGUGGCAGUUUGAGAUGGACGCUCGUUACACUGGUCACUUCUAUCGGCUAGUGACCCAAGCCACCGACUUCGCGAGGCGCCAGCCCCGAAAGCACCUCUGGGAGCGAAACUCAUACUUCUAUAUCCCAGCGAUUCAUGGAACAUGGGAAGAGUUUGCCGCGAAAGUAGACCGGGAUAUGGUAAGACGCGACAGCAUUUGGGGUCCUCAGCCCGCAGAAGGCAUUGAUCUUGGAGGACACAGCCCUGUGCCUCCAGUGGCAAGUCCAGAUGAUGACGAAAGUGCCUGGGGUGUUGGCGAAGAAGCCGACCUAAUCACUUGGCUCCCACAUUUUGACCCUGCCGGGGUGAAUUGGCCGUGGGGCCAAAAAAUAUACCAUUUCCAACAGCAGAAGCAUACACCGCGACGCGCGACCAUUGUCGCCAUGUCACGACUCUCUAACCGGCUUCUACGUGUCAUGCACAAGGACCAGGCAUACAAGGGCUUGGGUCUCGCGUCGGAAAUGACGCCUAUCUCUUGGGCCAUGUAUUAUGGCCUCAAAGCUGUACAGGUUCCACAGCCUGUCUAUCAUGAGCGGGCAUGGGAUGCGGCAGAGCUGGAUCGUCGCGCUAAUUCUGGCGAACCGGGGGAGAUUAAUGGGGACCUCAACAGUAUCUGGGGUUGUGAUUCAUGCCAUGAUAUCCUUCUGUAUACAUCUUUUAUGUUUCGCUCCUACUUUGCUGAGAGGCUCUAUCGUGCCUGGCUGGGGUACGACGGCGCAGAAGAGUGGGAAAAGACAAAUCGCCCUCUUUGUCUUCCGCCCAUUUUCAUUCACCCGGUCAAGAACACUGAGCGAUAG